UCAAAUUUUGGGACUAACAAACACAAUUUGGGAGUCCAACCACGAGAGCCGGCUGCCUGAGGGCGGUGGAUCGGACGCUCCACCAAUCACAGGGCAGCACCGGCUUAUAUAAGCCCCGGGCCCGAGCAAGGUAGCAUUGCAAAACUUGCUCUUUGGGUUUUGAAUCUCUCUUCUUCUAGCAGUUUCUUCCGUCGCCAUGUCGGAAACCGCUCCUGCUGAGACGGCUGCCCCGGCGCCGGUGGAGAAAUCUCCUGCCAAGAAGAAGUCUACUAAGAAGUCCGCGAGCGGUGGCGCGGCUAAGCGCAAGGCGACCGGGCCCCCAGUUUCUGAGCUGAUCACUAAGGCUGUGGCCGCCUCCAAAGAGCGCAAUGGCCUUUCUUUGGCAGCGCUCAAGAAGACCCUGGCAGCUGGCGGCUACGACGUGGAGAAGAACAACAGUCGAAUCAAGCUGGGUCUCAAGAGCCUGGUGAGCAAGGGUACCCUUGUGCAGACCAAGGGCACGGGUGCUUCCGGUUCCUUUAAGCUCAAUAGGAAGGCGCCCACCGGGGAAGCCAAGCCGAAGGCCAAGAAGGCGGGGGCUGCUAAAGCGAAAAAACCCGCAGGGGCCACCCCUAAGAAGCCCAAGAAGGCAGCGGGAGCAAAGAAAGCAGUGAAGAAGACUCCCAAGAAGGCGAAGAAGCCCGCAGCCGCUGGCGUCAAAAAGGUGGCCAAGAGUCCCAAGAAAACCAAAGCCGCGGCAAAGCCGAAGAAGGCUGCCAAAAGCCCCGCUAAGCCUAAGGCAGUGAAGCCAAAAGCGGCGAAACCCAAAGCUGCCAAGCCUAAGGCAGCAAAACCCAAAGCUGCAAAGGCAAAGAAGGCGGCUCCCAAAAAGAAGUAGGAAGUUGGCGCUUAAGACGCAAACCCCAAAGG